AUGGCCACCACCCACCUCCUCACUCCUCCCCGCCUCCACCACCCCUCCCCCUCCCCCUCCCCCUCCCCAGCGGCUCGCCUCCGUGCCACCGCCUCGCUCGCGCACCCGCUCCUCCCCUCCCGCCCCCGCCUAUCCGCCCUUCACUCCCACUCCCCGUCCCCGCGCCACCACCGCCUCCGCCGCACCAUGUCCGUCCGCAGCUCCCUCAUCGACCCGGACGGCGGCGCGCUCGUCGAGCUCGUCGCCCCGCCCGACCGCCUCCCGGCGCUGCGCGCGGAGGCGGACGCGCUCCCGCGGGUGCGCCUCGCGCCCGUCGACCUCCAGUGGGCGCACGUGCUCGCCGAGGGGUGGGCCAGCCCGCUGCGCGGCUUCAUGCGGGAGGCGGAGUACCUGCAGAGCCUCCACUUCAACUGCAUCCGCCUCCCCGACGGGGGCCUCGUCAACAUGUCGCUCCCCAUCGUGCUCGCCAUCGGGGACGCCGAGAAGGAGCGGAUCGGGGAUAAGCCUGACGUCGCGUUAGAAGGGCCCGACGGCGGCGUCGUCGCCAUCCUGCGCAGAGUCGAAAUAUACCCCCACAAUAAAGAAGAAAGAAUCGCAAGAAUAUGGGGUACAACUGCACCUGGUUUACCCUAUGUUGAUGAGGCUAUUGCAUCAGCUGGGAACUGGCUGAUUGGUGGUGAUCUGGAGGUGUUGGAACCCAUCAAAUACAAUGAUGGUCUUGAUCACUACAGACUUUCACCUCGGCAACUCAGGAAUGAGUUCGACAAGAGGGGGGCUGAUGCUGUGUUUGCCUUCCAGUUGAGAAAUCCAGUACAUAAUGGUCAUGCACUGUUGAUGAAUGACACUAGAAGGCGUCUAUUGGAAAUGGGUUACAAGAAUCCCAUCCUACUACUGCAUCCAUUAGGUGGGUUUACGAAAGCUGAUGAUGUCCCACUGCCUGUUAGAAUGGAACAGCACAGCAAGGUCUUAGAAGAUGGAGUCCUUGAUCCUGAGACUACUAUAGUGUCUAUAUUUCCCUCUCCAAUGCAUUAUGCUGGUCCAACAGAAGUGCAGUGGCAUGCAAAAGCACGAAUUAAUGCUGGUGCCAAUUUCUACAUAGUAGGCCGUGAUCCUGCUGGGAUGGGCCAUCCCACAGAAAAGAGGGAUUUGUACAACCCGGACCAUGGAAAGAAGGUCCUGAGCAUGGCUCCAGGUUUAGAGAAACUGAACAUACUGCCCUUCAAGGUAGCAGCUUAUGAUACAGUGGCAAAGAAGAUGGCCUUCUUUGAUCCUUCACGCAGUCAAGAUUUUCUGUUCAUCUCAGGAACAAAGAUGCGCACUUUUGCCAAAAAUGGUGAGAACCCUCCUGACGGUUUCAUGUGUCCUGGAGGGUGGAAAGUCCUUGUCGACUACUACAAUAGCUUACAAGCUGAAGAAGUGACUCCAGUUCCUGUAUGAGAUAAUCUCCUGUUUGACUAUGAGAUUAUUCAAUGGCAGGAAAAAAACUGAAAGCAGGUGAUCCGGAUCAAUUGAGCUUUUCUAAUUUUUUUAAUCUUAGGUUGAUAGUUGAUUGAUAUGAUCAAAGCUUUCGGAUUGUUUAUUUGUCCUCAUAUGAAACUGAAGCCUGAAAAUAUUUGUACAAAAUUGAGCCGAAGCAGCAUGGUUAUUGUUCUGUAAUUGAGCUGGUUCAGCUAUAUAAUAAAGUAUGUGUUCAAUUUUGUUGAGGG